AACCCUCGUAACCAACUGUAAAACUCUGAUAGUGUGUCAUGCAUGAUGCAACUUGAUCAUGCCACAACACAACAUAUCUUAAUCAGCUGAAGCUAUAUAAUUAUAAUAUUUUUCAAUCCAUACAAUCACAUUAAAAAUGACAACAACCACUGUGCUACGCUUAACUUUGCUUCUGAUACUGCUAUCCAGUGCAUUUUCAGAGCUAUGCAACCCACAAGAUAAGAAAGUGCUACUCCAAAUCAAGAAAGACCUCAACAACCCUUACCUUCUAGCAUCAUGGAACCCAGACACAGAUUGUUGCGACUGGUACACCAUAGAGUGCGACCUCAAAACUCACCGCAUCAUCUCCCUCACUAUUUUUGAUUCUCCUGUAUACACCAAUUUCUCAGCCCAAAUCCCUCCCUCAGUGGGCCUGCUUCCCUACCUCGAGACUCUCGAGUUUCACAAACUUCCAAACCUCACAGGCCCGCUCCAGCCCGCUAUUGCUAAACUCACCAACCUCAAGAACCUCCGUAUCAGUAACACAAACUUGUCAGGCCCGGUUCCUUCCUUCCUAGCCCAACUCACAAACCUCACGUUUUUGGAUCUCUCUUUCAACAACCUCACCGGUUCAAUCCCCGGUUCACUCUCACAACUUCCCAACCUCUUCUCACUCCAGUUAGACCGUAACCAUCUAACCGGUUCGAUCCCUUCCUCGUUCGGUUCUUUUAAGUCCAACAUAGCUGGUAUCGACCUCUCCCAUAACAACCUCACUGGUCCCAUUCCACCCUCGUUUGUGAACCUCAACUCCACCACCUCGCUUGUCUUGUCGAGGAACAAGCUUGAAGGAGAUGCGUCUGUGAUAUUCGGGCCGAACAAGUCUUUCCAAAUUGUGGAUCUAUCGAGAAACAACCUAUCGUUCGAUCUGUCGAAGGUGGAGUUUUCCACGAGCUUGACGUCGUUGGAUCUUAAUCAUAAUAAGGUGUUUGGGAAGCUUCCUCAGGGAUUGACUGCACUGAAUCUGCAGUACCUGAAUGUGAGUUACAAUAGGUUGUGCGGUCAGAUUCCGGUGGGUGGAAAAUUGCAAAGUUUUGAUAUUUAUGAAUAUUUUCAUAAUAAGUGCUUGUGUGGUUCUCCUCUUCCCAAGUGUACUUGAUUUUUACUACACAAACCAGUUGCUGGCUCGCCAGCUUAUGCAUCUAUAGAACAUGUAUGAUACGGUUUGAUUUGAAUUAGGACAACAAAAGCCGUUGCAUAAGGCACCAAAUUAUAAAUAAUAAGAACGUGAUGAGUUUUCAGUGCCGAAUGUAUAUUUCAAAAGUACCUUUAUGUUUGUUAAUUAGUGAACCGUCAUCUCACUUGGUGUAUCUUUGGAACAAUGUUUGGGGCUAUGUUUUGACGCAUCGACAUGUUUUUUAUGCGAAAACUAUACUUUGAAAUUAAACAUAUUUUUGUGAGA